UUGGGCUAGACCUUGGUAGCAUUUAUUAUUCAAGCAAUUAUUUUUCAGUGAGUGCCAUGCCUCCCAAAGUGGCGCAAUCUGGCAGAGAUGCGCCGGAAAAUGCGAAGGACGUCAGAAGGGGCUCUUGGUCGACGACGUGGGUGGCAAACGCGGAUUAUCCCCACACAUCGAGACUCCUCCUUCGGGGGAGCCCUAAGACCGCCCCAAACCCGGUCUUGACGCUCUGCUCUACACCCUCACGGACUCGGCCCCCUCCAAAGUCUCCCUCCUCCUCCUCCUCGUCGUCCACCUCCUCCUCAUCCUCCUCACCGCCCUCGUCUUCAUCCACCUCCACCUCCUCCUCCUCCUCCUCCUCCUCGUCGUCGUCGUCGUCGUCCUGCUCGACGUCUUCCGGGAUCUGGACCUGCGAGGUGGCCGACGGUCAAGACAAGGUGAUCUUGAGGAGGGUCCCCGUCGCGGCUCGGGACGAGCUCCGUGCAGCGGGAAAGAAACCUCUUCGGAAGGCCCAAGUGAGGUGGCUCAGGAAGAUCAUGAAGGAGAGGAUCAAGCAGCGGAGGCAAAAGGAAGAUGCGAGAUAUUCAGAGUAUACCGCUCCACUGUAGUACUGAAGUAUUAAGGUUGAAAUUCUUCACAGUCAAACCCGUCGAAUGAAAUGACGCAGUAGAAGCAGGAUCGGACCUGUUGGCGCAUGCGCUGAAGCCGACCCGGACCGACAUAAAAAAGAACACAGACGGCCUUUUAGCAGCUGCUAACAAGCAUUUGAAAUUAUGUACUGUAAUAUUUUCGGAGUCAUUAACAUGAUGGAUUUGGAAUUAUUGGAUUUUUUCUUAUUUUACAUAACAAUAACCUUUGAAUCCUGCAUAAAGAAGGAGUUCACACACACACACACACACACACACACGCAUGCAUGGAUAUGGAAAAGAAAAAUGUACCAUCAGUGAUGGGAUUUAAAAAUAGCAAAGUACUAAUACUGUACUGUUAUUAAACGUCAGGAGUACCUCCAGGCUUCUGUACUUGACUUGAAUGUUUAUUUCUAUGACAUUAUAAUUUUACGCUUUAAAAAAAAAGGUAUCAGUGCUUUUGUCUCGUAACUUAACAAGUAACAAAAUGAGAUUUUUAUGUUUUUUUAAAAAAAUUGU